GAGUACGCGCUUGGAUUUUAAUUACACGAGGCGUUUCGAAAUUAGUUCGUUAGAAUGGUACUCAUCGCUGCUGCGGUAUGCACCAAAGCCGGGAAGACCAUAAUUUCUCGACAGUUUGUCGAAAUGACAAAGGCGAGAAUAGAGGGCCUACUUGCUGCAUUCCCGAAAUUGAUGAGUUCGGGUAAACAGCAUACAUUUGUGGAAACUGAAUCCGUCAGAUAUGUUUAUCAGCCCCUUGAGAAAGUAUAUAUGCUGCUUAUCACGACUAAGGCAAGCAAUAUUUUGGAGGAUCUGGAAACUUUAAGGCUCUUUGCAAGAGUGAUUCCAGAAUAUUGCAACUCGAUGGAUGAACUUGAAAUAGCAGAAAAUGCGUUCAAUUUAAUAUUUGCAUUUGAUGAGAUAGUUGCACUAGGCUAUAGAGAGAAUGUUAAUUUAGCACAAAUCAGAACUUUUGUAGAAAUGGAUUCACAUGAGGAGAAGGUUUAUCAAGCAGUCAGAAUGACGCAAGAACGCGAAGCUAAAAAUAAGAUGCGUGAGAAAGCUAAGGAAUUGCAGAGGCAAAAAAUGAUGGAAGCUAACAAGAAGGGAGGAAUUAAAAGUCCUGGAUUUGGUGGAGGAUAUGGAAGUAGUAGCACUCCAGUCACUUCAGCUGUCGGCGAUACAGCUAAUUUUGUGCCUGAACCAAUUAGACCUUCUUAUAAGCCCAAACAGUACGAUCAAUUCUAG